GAGAAACUGAUCAGUUGCCUCCCCUACAACCUGGUUAUGUGCCCUGACCUGUGACCCUUUGGUGCAAGCAAGGGACAAUGCUCCAACCAACUGAGCCGCGGCCAGGGCUGCAGCUGGGGAAAUGAUGAUGGCUUGUUUGAGUCAGAUGAGAAGGCAGUGACCAGGGCCCUUUCCUCCUGUUCCGGUGGGCAGACUGAGUGGAGUAGUCCUUGCCCUGCCUGCCCCUUAGGCCUUCAUGCAGUAGAGGCCCCUGAUGGGAGCUGUAGGACGAGACCUGGCUCCUGAGACAGCAUCUGCUCCAAAGUUCCCAGAAGUUUCAAACCUGGGCUGUUAGUGCCCCUUGCAUCUUCCUAUGCCCUCCCUCCGUGGUACAGCUGGGUGAAGGAGGUGGAGAGAAGAGGUUUGGGAAUGGAACCAAAUCCACUUGCACCUUCCCUCCUGACCACUCCCAAGGACUAAGCUCUACCUGGUGGGGAUAGGAGGGAAGGGGCCUGCAGGCCAAAAAAGUUGGGGGAACCUGAAUUUGAGCCCGUUCUCAAGGCCCAGUUCUUUGUCACCCCCACUGACACCACCAAGCCCCACUCUUCAUUUCCUGGCCGUCUUCAGUCCUCCCAAGACUUAUCCAAGUCUUUGCCUGGCCACAGUGAAGUUUCCAGCUCUAGGCAAGGUGCAUGGCAGCAUUUCGCUCCCAGUUUGACUUGUUCCACCAUUGCCUCUAGUAUUCCCCACUCAGGCCCUCAGUAAUCCGGUGUGGAGAAAAACGGAAAGCUACCCUGGAGUUCAGUGCUGGGAGGGUUUAUUUAGGGAGGGCUGGAAUUGGUUGCUGCAGAGCUCCGCGAAGAGACUCGGAAAGCUGAAGAGGAAGAACGUGGAGGGGCCCCGAGGCCCUUGCUGUGCAAGGCUGGAGGAGCAGACCCUGAAAGGGGCGUGGAGAUCUGUGAGGCGUUUGGGCCCCACCUUGAGUUUGGAGAGGGUGAAGGACCUGCCAAUGGGCAGGGCCCGUCCCGUGCGGGCAACCAAUGGGUAGGAGGAGGUGGGCCCUCCCGGCUGCGAGGACGAGGACCGGCUGGUGGCAGUCGGUUCGCUGGGUCUCCCGCGCUGGCCGGAGGCGCAUCUAUGACUGCUCUGAGCAGGGGCGAGGCAGUGGCGGCUGGCAGAUAGGAUAUGCAUAGCCCAUGGACACAGUGUGGUGAAGACCUGCGGGGCAACCAACAGAUGCAUAGGAAGAUGACUUCUCUGAAGAGCCCCCUGUUCUGCACAGAGAAACUAGACAGAGUUCAGACAACCCUGGACUCCAGUCUGCACUGGCCAGAAGGCUUGAAGGGUGAAGAGAUAAAGAAAUACAGUCGAGAAGGGACACUACUAAGUAAAUACAACCAGCAAUACCACAAGCUGUUCAAGGACAUCCCCUUGGAAGAGGUGGUUCUCAAAGUGUGCUCCUGUGCCCUCCAGAGGGACCUCCUUCUCCAGGGUCGGCUCUAUAUCUCCCCCAACUGGCUCUGCUUCCAUGCCAGCCUCUUUGGCAAGGAUAUCAAGGUGGUCAUUCCUGUGGUGUCUGUGCAAAUGGUCAAAAAACACAAGAUGGCACGCCUCCUUCCCAAUGGCCUGGUCAUCACCACCAACACUAGCCAGAAGUAUGUUUUUGUGUCACUGCUCUCCCGGGACAGUGUCUAUGACAUGCUGCGGAGGGUCUGCACUCACCUGCAGCCUUCCAGCAAGAAGAGUUUGAGUGUAAGAGAAUUUUCAGAAGAACCUGAGUGCGAGUCUCUGGAAGUCCUCACCCCUGAGAUGAAGUGGAGAAAAAUAUGCCCUGCCUCCAGGUCCCUGUCCCUCCCAGACAGCAUCCCUUGUAUCCCUCCAGCAUCCAUGGACUCCCCAGACAGCUUCUUCUCCUCCAGGAAACCUCCAGGGUCUGAAAAUGCUGUCUGUGAGGAGGAGACACUGGAGGAGGAGCCCAGGAGCAGCGAAGAGCUGAGGCUCUGGAAUUACCAGCUCCUCAAGGUCUUCUUCGUGCUGAUCUGCUUCUUGGUCAUGUCCUCAUCCUACCUGGCAUUCCGCAUUUCCCGGCUGGAACAGCAGUUAUGCUCCCUGAAUUGGGAUGGCCCAGUCCCUGGGCACAGGUAACAGCCACUUGGCCUUUGUCCCCGCUCCUCCAUGAAGAAUGCCUUGGGUGCUAAGGUUCCAUCAACGGUCCCCUUGGUUUCUGAUGCUGCUGUUGUGCUGGGACUGACUAUGAAGGAAAACAUUCCAGAUCCCUCCUCUUCCCCCAACUCUUCUCCUUCCUCCAAUGAGUGAUCUGAAGUACCUGUUUACAAAGUUCCUACAAUUUUUGAACUCAGACAAAAAGCCAGGUUUUUUAGAACCAGCUGAGGAAUUCUGUACAUGAAAAUUCAACAAUCACUUACGUGGGGAAAAAAAUUUACUUUGUUCCUUAGAAACAGUUCUGGCACACAGACCACCCCAAGGGACAAGGCCGUGCUUUGCUACCUGGAAUGCAGCUCUCUGACUGUCACAUGGCUCACUCCGUGGUGGGACAGAGCUAGAACCCAAACCACCAGUGUGGGCUCUUCUCUCUCCCCAUAUAUUGAGAGUCCCUGCUUUGGGCAAAGGACUUCUCUGCAGGGACCCAUCUGGCCUAGGGCAGACUAUAGGGAAGUGGGGGCAAAUUAUGAAAGGGCUUGUAGCCAGGAUUCCUUCAAGAAAGGAACAUUUGUGCUCUGUGCUGAGACUGUUCGGAGAGGACUGGAGCAGCGGACAGUGGAGGAGCUGUGAAGGAGAACAGAGCAUUCCAUAUCCUCAGUUGCCACUUCCUGGUGAGACAGGUGUAGUAGGGCCUUUGAUCAUAGACUGGUACCAGAUCUCCCCUUGGUGUACGCAAACAUUUCCAAUAUGCCCAGGUGGAAAGUAGGUAUGACAAGGGUGGUGUCUUUGAUCUGCGGUAUUGCUUUUUUCUCUCUGCCUGACUGCCUGGAUCUUGGAUGUGGCCAAUAGCAGCCUGUUGGGAGGCUUGGCUGGGUAGCUGGGCAUGGUGGUGUUGGGCCACCAUAGGGCAGAAAUCACUCGUAUUACCUGUAGCCACUCUAUGGGGUCUGUUAUCCAUGAAUGAAGUGAAGAUGUCCAAAGUGUGCCUGGUACAGUACAGGGACCAAGCCAAGGGGGUCUGCCUGAUACCUCUAGGGACAGUAGAAGUAGAGGAUGCAAAGGGUAAACACAGUGGUGGCUUUGCUGUAGAGAUUCCUCCUUCUCUGUCAAGGUCGUCUUUCGUAUAAAAAGCUUCGCUGUGCCCCAGAACUCUGGCCUGCUCUCCCCAGAAGUCCCUUCUGCUAAGAUAGUGAUUUUGAAGGUUCUGUAAGGGCCUUAGUGAGGCGGUCAGCAGCAUCGGGGAAAGUCACUGGUGAUGGGGUGAGUGGUGUUUUCCCCUUUUCAGGCACCUGAGAGGGUAACCAGGGAGAAGUCCAAGUGGAGAUUAUUUAUUUCAGAACCAUCUGUUCUGUUUAUGACAAACCCACAUGAGGACUGGAGGGACUGAUGGUAGGUGACAACUUCCAAAGCUCAAACUGAAGGUCUCUUCAUCUUCUCCGCAUGCCAAGUUGUAGGAUUAAAUUUAGAGCCUGGCCUUGUGGGUUGCUUGUACCAAAUCUGUGUAUCUCAGGUGAAACUCACUGUUCUGUUUUCCCCACACACCACACUGAAUGAGGACCCAGCCUUUUUUUUUUUUUUUUUUUUGAACCAGGCCCCUUCAUCACUCCUUUUCAUCCUAUUUUCAGGAAAAUAAUCCUAUUUGCCCUAGAGCCUCACCUCCUUGGUCCUUGCUGAAGGGUGAGGAGGAUAGAUCCAUUCUCUGAGCCUUGCUAAGUUGAACCAGAGGCCAUGAGAGAUGCCAAGUCAUGGGUGGCUGGGCCAAGAUGCUGAUCAAUGGCUUCCAGCCAUGCCCCAGGCUCAGAAAGGGCAAGAGGCAUGCUGCAGGGUAGGUGGCUCUGCAGGCCCUCGCAGGGCCUAGGGCUUUCAGUGGUUUGGGUGUGCCUGUCCCUCUGGAGGGUCCUGUCUCUGUUUCUCCCUUUUGUAUUCCAGCCUGGUUCUCUUGGGCCAGUAUACCUUCUGUUGUGCUCAUUUAUAAACUAUGUGUAUUUAUACAGACCUGCUUGCAUUGGGUGAUGCUCCUCUAAUUCCCUGAGAGUUUGGUUCAACUAUCCGUGGCUUGUUCCACUAUGGCAUUAGCCUUUGAAAAUAUUUUUAAAUAAAAUAAUUCUGAUUUUUUUUAGUGUCCUGUGAUAUGGAGAGUUCAUUUUUAUCUUUUGACUACUAACUAAAGAUACUCUUACUGACAUAUCUGGCACCAAGGAGACUGAUAAAGCCCAAGUCAUACCCAGAAUCCCAAGUAUUCUGCAAAUCUCACAGGACUUUGAGAUUGUGAAGCUAACUCUACUUCAGGCACAUGGUGAAGGGGAAGGACGGCCACA